CCGCCGCCGCCGCCGCCGCCGCCUCGCCUGCCUGCCACCGGGGUUUGUAUGAACACACCGGGCGGCGGGCGGCGAGGGGUUCGCCGUGCGCCCAGGGAGCAGCCGCUGGCGCUGUCGGCGCCGAGCCGGGUGCUGCGGCUGUGCCCAGGCCCUGCCAGCGCCCCAUCCUGGAGCCGGUGAGCGCCCCGCCGCCGUCCGCGCGUCCCGGCCGGCCGUCCCUCGGCUCUCCGCGGCUGCGGCGUCCGGGGGCGGGGGAAGCGGGCAGCAGCGGCCCCGGGCUCGCCGCCGUCUGCGCCCUGGACCCCUCCGCCCCUCUCCUGACAGAUUAUCUGCACUGGUGAAAUGAAGUAACUCAAGAUGAGCAAGUUAAAAGUGAUAUCAGAGAAAAGCCUUACCAAUAAUUCUCGGAUUUUGGGACUCCUGGCUCAGCUGGAGAAGAUCAAUACUGAGUCUGCAGAAUCAGACACUGCCAGAUAUGUUACGUCAAAAAUUCUUCAUCUGGCUCAAAGUCAAGAAAAAACCAGGAGAGAAAUGACAGCCAAAGGUUCUACAGGAAUGGAAGUUCUCCUGUCAACAUUAGAGAACACGAAAGAUCUUCAAACUACACUUAAUAUCUUAAGCAUUCUUGUUGAGCUGGUGUCAGCUGGUGGAGGUCGAAGAGCAAGUUUCUUAGUCACCAAAGGUGGUUCACAAAUAUUAUUGCAGUUACUCAUGAAUGCCAGCAAGGAGUCUCCCCUGAAUGAGGAGUUAAUGGUGCAGAUUCAUUCCAUUCUCGCAAAGAUUGGACCAAAAGACAAAAAAUUUGGAGUGAAAGCUAGAAUUAAUGGAGCUCUGAAUAUAACCCUAAAUUUGGUCAAACAGAAUUUGCAGAAUCAUCGCUUGGUUUUGCCUUGUCUUCAGCUUUUACGAGUUUAUUCUGCUAACUCUGUGAAUUCAGUAUCCUUAGGGAAAAAUGGAGUUGUGGAACUGAUGUUUAAAAUCAUCGGACCAUUUAGUAAGAAGAAUUCGGGUCUUAUGAAGGUUGCUUUAGACACUCUUGCUGCAUUGCUAAAAUCAAAAACAAAUGCCAGGAGAGCUGUAGACAGAGGAUAUGUUCAAGUCCUUUUAACAAUUUAUGUAGAUUGGCACCGCCAUGAUAAUCGGCAUAGAAACAUGCUCAUUCGGAAAGGAAUUUUACAGAGUUUAAAAAGUGUUACAAACAUCAAGUUGGGAAGAAAAGCAUUUAUUGAUGCCAAUGGGAUGAAAAUUCUCUAUAACACUUCACAAGAAUGUUUGGCAGUCAGGACCCUCGAUCCUCUUGUCAACACCUCCAGUCUGAUAAUGAGGAAGUGUUUCCCUAAAAAUCGCCUGCCACUCCCAACAAUUAAAAGUUCUUUCCAUUUCCAGUUGCCAGUUAUUCCUGUGACUGGACCUGUGGCCCAGCUCUACAGUUUACCCCCUGAAGUGGAUGACGUAGUAGAUGAAAGUGAUGACAACGAUGAUAUUGAUUUAGAAGCUGAAAAUGAAACAGAAAAUGAAGAUGACCUAGAUCAAAAUUUUAAGAAUGAUGAUAUUGAAACGGAUAUUAACAAACUAAAACCCCAGCAAGAACCAGGACGAACAAUAGAAGAACUUAAAAUGUAUGAACACCUUUUCCCUGAGCUUGUUGAUGAUUUUCAGGACUAUGAUUUAAUCUCCAAAGAACCAAAGCCUUUUGUAUUUGAGGGAAAAGUACGAGGUCCUAUUGUUGUUCCUACUGCGGGAGAGGAAGCUUCUGGAAAUUCAGGCAAUUUAAGAAAAGGAGUUGUAAUGAAGGCGAAUGUGUCCCCUAAAGGAGAUGAAGGUGAUAAGAAACCUACCUUUAUGGAUCUGGGAAAAGAAGAUGUUAAAGAUAAUGACAGAACAUUACAACAGCAGCUAGGUGAUCAAAAUAGAACUACUUCAUCAGUCCAUGGCUUUAACAAUGACAUUGUGAAGGCCUUGGACCGAAUUACAUUGCAGAAUAUUCCCUCUCAAACAGCCCCAGGUUUCACUGCAGGAAUGAAGAAGGACUACAGUCUCCCUCUUACUGUCCUUACAUGCACGAAAGCGUGUCCACACAUGGCUGCUUGUGGGAAUGUUCUGUUUGAGGGCAGAGCAGUUCAGCUGGGGAAGCUUUGCUGUACUGGAGUCGAAACUGAGGAUGAUGAAGACAGUGAGUCUGCUUCGUCGGUGGAGCAAGCAUCAGUUGAAAUCUCUGAUGGACCAACUCUCCACGACUCAGAUCUCUACAUCGAGAUUGUGAAAAAUACAAAGUCUGUGCCAGAAUAUUCUGAAGUGGCUUAUCCUGAUUAUUUUGGUCACGUUCCACCUCCAUUCAAAGAGCCUAUUUUAGAAAGACCUUAUGGUGUACAAAGGCAUCCACUGGGAGUCUUGGAACAUAUCCCACACAGGACAAAAAUUGCCCAAGAUAUUGAGAGGCUAAUACAUCAGAGUGAUAUCAUAGAUCGAAUAGUAUAUGACUUAGAUAACCCAAGUUACGCUAUUCCAGAAGAAGGAGAUAUUUUGAAGUUUAACUCCAAAUUUGAAUCUGGGAAUCUGCGCAAAGUAAUUCAAAUUAGAAAAAAUGAAUAUGAUCUUAUUCUGAAUUCAGAUAUAAAUAGCAAUCAUUAUCAUCAGUGGUUUUACUUUGAAGUCAGUGGAAUGCGACCAGGUGUUGCUUAUAGAUUUAACAUCAUUAACUGUGAAAAGUCCAACAGUCAGUUUAAUUAUGGUAUGCAGCCACUCAUGUAUUCAGUUCAGGAGGCAUUAAAUGCCAGACCAUGGUGGAUUCGUGUGGGGACUGACAUUUGUUACUAUAAAAAUCACUUCUCAAGAAGUUCAGUUGCUGCAGGUGGGCAAAAGGGGAAAUCCUACUACACAAUUACCUUCACUGUCAGUUUUCCACAUAAAGAUGAUGUGUGCUACUUUGCUUAUCACUAUCCAUACACGUAUUCAACUUUACAGAUGCAUCUUCAGAAGUUGGAAUCAGCGUACAAUCCUCAGCAAAUCUAUUUUCGGAAAGAUGUGUUAUGUGAAACCCUAUCUGGAAACAGCUGUCCCUUGGUGACUAUAACAGCAAUGCCAGAGUCUAAUUAUUAUGAACAUAUCUGUCAAUUCAGAAAUCGCCCUUACGUUUUCUUAUCUGCUCGGGUACAUCCUGGAGAAACUAAUGCCAGUUGGGUAAUGAAAGGAACAUUGGAGUAUCUCAUGAGUAAUAACCCUACUGCUCAGAGCUUGCGAGAAUCCUAUAUUUUUAAAAUUGUCCCUAUGCUAAAUCCAGAUGGUGUCAUCAAUGGAAAUCACCGCUGUUCAUUAAGUGGAGAAGAUUUGAAUAGACAGUGGCAAAGUCCGAAUCCAGAUUUACAUCCUACGAUUUACCAUGCUAAAGGGCUGCUCCAGUACCUGGCUGCAGUGAAGCGCUUACCACUGGUUUAUUGUGAUUAUCAUGGCCACUCCCGAAAGAAGAAUGUAUUUAUGUAUGGCUGCAGCAUCAAAGAGACAGUGUGGCAUACCAGUGAUAAUGCAACUUCAUGUGAUGUUGUGGAAGAUGUGGGAUACAGGACUUUGCCUAAGAUACUGAGUCACAUCGCCCCAGCGUUCUGCAUGAGCAGCUGUAGCUUCGUAGUGGAAAAAUCUAAAGAAUCCACAGCACGGGUUGUGGUUUGGAGGGAGAUAGGAGUACAAAGAAGCUACACCAUGGAGAGCACUUUGUGUGGCUGCGAUCAGGGAAAAUACAAGGGUUUACAGAUUGGUACUCGAGAAUUGGAAGAGAUGGGAGCAAAAUUUUGUGUUGGUCUAUUGCGUUUGAAAAGACUGACAUCCCCAUUGGAGUAUAAUCUGCCUUCCAGCCUACUUGACUUUGAAAAUGACUUGAUUGAAUCGAGCUGCAAAGUAACUAGCCCCACCACUUACGUGUUGGAUGAAGACGAACCUCGAUUCCUUGAAGAGGUGGAUUACAGUGCAGAGAGCAAUGAUGAGUUAGAUAUUGAAUUGGCUGAAAAUGCAGGAGACUAUGAACCCUCUGCUCAAGAAGAAGUCCUUUCUGACACUGAAUUAUCAAGAACAUACCUACCGUGAACCCUCUGCCAUCUCUUGUUAACUGCAAAGAAGAAAUGAAUUAUCUUGGUUUUUAUUACAUAGGAAGUUUGAGAGAAAUGAGUUUAUAGAGAGCUGACUCAGAAAGACAAAAAGUAACGUGGGCCUGUUUGGUUUCAAGACAAUAAAUAUGUUAUUAAUUCAUGAUAAAAUUGGCACUUGUUUUAUUUUAGAUAUUCAAUGCACUUUAUAUAGCAUUGAAUUAUCAAAUAUUGGAUUUACUUUUUUUUAAAAACAAAUCCUGAGUAUCAUUGCAUGAAUUUUUAUCUCCUUAUGGUUAUAUCCUGCAUCAAAUGGAUAAUUUUGAAGUGUGUGAGAAUGUGAAAUCUAAAUUCUAGAGUUGUUGAGAAUCCUGAGUUGUUGAAAACUAAUAUAUAUGUACAUGGAUUUCUAUAGAUGUGUCUGUGUGGGGGUGGGUAGAUAUUGAAGAUUAAGACUGUUCUUCAGAAUCAUGUUAACUGUUGAGUUGUGACUGCAAUAAUCCAGAGUUUGCCUUGAAUCGUUACAGUCUACAUUUACCAGAUUAAACAAAUAAAAACUAUAUUAAAUGUUGCA